AUGAGCCGCAGCCUUUCGCUGCCCAUGCUGCAGCCGGCCUCCUCGGCGGGCCUGCCGCCGCUGCCCCCUGCAUUGGCGCUGGAGCGCGCGCCGUCGACGGCGUCCGGCGCGCUGCUGGACCGCGCCGUCUCUGCGGCGUCCGCGUCGCUGUUCGACCGCGCCGUGUCGGCCGCCUCUGCGGCGCUCCUGGACCGCGCUGCGUCGGCUGCGUCGGCGUCGCUGCUGGACCGAGCCGCGUCGGCCGCCUCAGCCUCCCUGCUCGAGCGCGCUGUGUCGGCAGCCGGGGACGAGCUGCCGCCGGGCGCCUCGGGGCAGGUCGCUUGGGCGCCGCGGCUGGCGCGCGCUGAGUGUCGCAGGCCGGGCGCGUCCACCGUGCCGCUGCUGACGCCCACGAGCAGCGACCGGUCGUUUUGGGAUGAGCACCGCCACGACUCGAUGCUCUUCAACGUGGGCCUGGUGGCGGACGCCAGCCACCCGCGGCCAGUGAAGAUGGCGGCGGUGGACCUGGCGCGCAACAGCCACUGGUUCCAGCUGCUCAUGUCAAACCGCCACGAGCUGUCUGGCACCGAGGUCGGCUCCGUCGUCAUCCCGUGCUGCAUGCCUCAGGAACUGCUUGAGCUCAUGGUGGGGGCGCUGUAUGCCAGCAGCAUUGACCUGGGGCCAGACAAUGUGGAGCCCGUGUACAGGGCGGCAGACGCCAUGCAGAUGCCGGCCCUGAUGGCGGCGUGUGAGUCCUACCUGGCCUACACCGCCUUUGAGGACCCAGAGGCCGACCCUGCCUGGAUCACUGCCGUCUAUGACCUGGCCUGCGACCUCAGCAGGGUAGAUUUUGCGUCAUCACUGGCGCGCCACUUCUCCUGCUGUGCCCAGCGGGACGCCGCGGGCCGUCGCGCGGUGCUGUCCCACAUCCUGUGCAGCCCGCCCUACGCUGGCGACGGCGUGGCACAAAUGACGCUGCUGCGGCAGGGCCACGAUGCCGCCUGGAACGGGCAGGGUCCCGAGGUGCUGCUGAUCCAUGUGAUGCUGGAGGUGGCUGAGGCGCUGUGCGCAGAGCACGUGGAGCAGAUGCUGGGGAUGGUGGAGUGGGGCACCCUGCAGCAGGAGGAGGUGUCUGCCCUGGUGGACUGGUGCCUGCAGAUGCCGCGGCACUGGGCGUUGACGCCGCUGCUCAAGGACAGAGCGCUGCAGGCUGUCGCCGCUCAGAUCAGCGGCCACCACCAGAGACGCUACCUGAUAUGGCGCGCCGACGUCGGUCGGCUGCCCGGCGCGGGCCAGAGGCUGAUGAGCAGCGGGGCCCUCACCAUCGCCACGCGCCGCCUCUACCUGUGUAUGGAGCGCGCAGGCGCUGCAGAGUGGGGCCUCUUCCUGUGCCCCCCGCCGGACGUCUCGCUGUACAGCCGCGUCGCCUUCCACACGCUCUUCGUCCUGGGCCCAGACUUUGACCGCAGGAUGCACUCGUAUGACGUCACCAUCAGCUCGGACCUGAGGGUCGGGGCCGGCUUUGGCAGCCGCACCAUCAUAACCGAGUGGAUGCAGCAGCGGCUCUUCAAGGAGCUGGGGGACGGCUCCAAGCACAUGACGGUGGGGACCAUCGCGACACACCACAUGGCGCGGCCCGACCCCUGA